AUGGGGCACGACGAGAGGGGCGACUCACGGUUCCUCUCGGCCACAACCACCACCGCAGACUCCAGCGACUUCGAGUACGGGCUGUGUUCGUGCUGCGCCGAUUGCGACUUCGGCCGCAACUGCGCCGACCUCAGCCAAGACGAACCCGCCAGCUGCUGCUGCUGGGGCCUGGCCUUCCUGUGCGUGCUGGGGCUGCCCCUGGCCGUGCCGUGCCUCCUCUACAACUCGCGCCGGCGCGUGCGGCGCGAGAUGGGCUACAGCGACCGCUGCUGCACCGACUGCUGCGCGGCCCUCUUCUGCGGGUGCUGCGUGCUCGCGCAGGACGCCAACGAGAUCGCGGUCACCCACAAGAGCGAAACCAACCACCGCACCUCCUCCCGUUGGAACUGA